UCACUCCUACUCUUUUUCCUCCUCCUCCACUCAGCUCCUUCCUUCACUUCUUCUCUUCACUCUGUCUUUUUGAGGAAAAAUGAAGCAUCUGAGCCGGACCAUGUCUUCUUUAGGCUUUUUUCUGCUGCUGGUUUUUGGAUGGGCUCAUAGCCAGACAACUAACAAUACCAGGAGGGUGUUUAAAUGCGGAGGAACUCUGGAUGGAGACUCAGGCUUCAUAGCCAGUGAGGACUUUCCUUCAUACUACAAACCAAACAGCAAGUGCACGUGGUACAUCACUGUCCCAGAAGGCAACGUGGUCUCGCUCUCCUUCAGGAUUUUUGACCUGGAGGCCGACACUUUGUGCAGAUACGAUUUUUUGGAAGUGUAUAACGGUCACUCCAACAUGGUGCAGAAGUUGGGUCGUUUCUGUGGGACGUUUCGCCCGGGAACGCUAAUCUCCACCUCCAACACCAUGAUGCUGCAAAUGGAGUCGGACUCGGGAACCGGGGGGCGGGGCUUCCUCGCCCACUUUACUGGGACAAAAACAGAUCUAAAUGAAGAACAGACCUGUGGUGGAAAGCUGACAAAACCACAAGGUACCAUCACAACACCAAACUGGCCUGAGAAAAACUACCCAUUAGGCAUCACCUGCUCAUGGCUCAUCACCGUGGAACCAGACAAGUUGAUAGAGGUGAAGUUCGAUAAGUUCGACGUGGAGCGUGACACCUACUGCCGCUUCGAUUAUGUGGCGUUUUAUAACGGAGGAGAGAUAGACACCUUGAGACAGAUCGGAAAAUACUGUGGGGACAAAGUUCCCGAGCCCAUAGUGACCAACUCUAACAUUCUCCUGGUCCAGUUCGUGUCUGAUCAGAGCGAAACCUCUGAUGGCUUCAUUGCCUCGUAUUCCAGUGUCCCGAGAGGUUAUUCUGCCCAGCCAGGAUCCCGCGUGCACUCGUUACCCCCUGCCCCGACACGCAAACCCGUCACCGCGAAGACCACAGAGGCACCGGCUACCACAACCACUACCUCCAAGCCACGCAGACGCCCACCACCCAAUCAUAACCAGCCCACCAGGCCUCUGGAUCGCAGACCAGAAUCGGGUCGGCCCGAUCCGGCACGUCCAGGCCUGAACCCUCUGUGUCCUGAUGCGUGUAAGAGAGAAGGCAGCAUAAAGAGCAAUUUCUGCAGCAGUGAUUUUGUGAUCACGGGGACCGUGACGAUGCUCUCUGUGGCAUCUCAGGGCCGCCUGCUGGCCACCGUCUCCAUCAUAAAGGCUUAUAAAGAUGGAGGACUGACCAUCACUCAGGCUGGAGAGACCAUGACUGUUAAACUGGUGCUCAUGUGCAAGACGUGUCCCGUACUCCGCAGAGGUCAGAACUUCAUUCUGAUGGGUCAGGUGGAUGAAGAUGGGCGUGGUCUUCUGCCUCCUGGCAGCUUCACAGCCUUAUAUAAAGAGCAGCACCACAAAAUCCUCACCAGCCUCAACAAACAGCCAUGCUGAACUCUGAGGCUAAAAACAACAUGAACAUGAGCAACAUGAAGGAAUCUGUAGAACAAUCUGUAUCUCACAGCUCCAUUCAAGCCCCUCACAUACAGUUAAAAGGAAAAACAACUCAAUUAAAAGAAAUCUAACAUUUGGUUUGCUAUUCUCUUCUUCUUCUCAUUCUUCUUCUUCUUCUUCUUCUUCUUCUUCUUCUUCUUCUUCUUUCUUUCUUUCUUUUAAAUUUACCCAUAACUGAUUAUUGCACUAAUUAGACAGCUAAGGUGUAAGUGGACAUUUCUAAGUGAUACGGGGACGUGGACGAGGGCGCAUCGAAGGCCGUACUGUAACACAGGAAAGGUCUGAGGUCGAACUUAACCAGUAACGAUUUAGAGGAACAUUUCACCUUAUUCACUUUAUACACUUGAAGAUGUCAUACAAUAUAUUCCUAAUUUAUGAUGUCAUUAAAUAAAGGUUUUAUAUCACACUUGA